GCUCGAUGCCUCGCCGGGUAGUAGGAAGAUGGGAGAUGGGAGAUUGGAGAAGAUAGAGGAGAGAACUGUUGGAAAGAAGGUGUCGCACGAGAAAGCAAAGUCUUUCUGAGCGUUCUUCCCCACCCCAGUGGUAGUGCGUUGUGAACUGGAAAGCAACCAGCAGGGGCCCUCGGCCCUCCCAUCUGUCUAUACUACUGGAGUAGUAUCUGCUGGUUGCUGCCCAUACUACCCACUCACCCACCCACCAGUCCACCACUGACCACACCCUCUCGUCCGCGUGACAUCUGGAUCGCCGGCGGAAUCGAGUAUGGAGGAGGAGCGGCGCGUGCUCGUGACCGGCGGCAAUGGUUUCAUCGGAUCCUGGAUCGUGCGGAUCCUUCUCGCACGCGGGUACGCCGUGACCGCAACCUACCAGCCGGGCACGGACGCUGCGCACCUCCUCGCCCUCGACGACGAAAGGCUCCUCCUGCUCCCCGCCGACCUGCUUGAUGCGGGCGCCAUCUCCGCGGCGGCGGCAGCGGGCGGGGGCUGCCGGGCGGGCGUGCUGCACGUGGCCUCCCCGUGCACGCUGGCUGACCCGCGGGAUCCGCAGGCCGAACUGGUGGAGCCGGCGGUGCGGGGCACGCUGCACGUGCUGGAGGCGGCGCGGGGCGCGGGAGCGCGGCGCGUGGUGGUGACGUCCUCCAUCUCAGCCAUGGUGCCCAACCCGGGGUUGGCGGCGGGAGAGCUCGUCGACGAGCGAAGCUGGACGGACAUGGAAUUCUGCAAGGCCCGGGGCAAGUGGUACCCGGUGUCCAAGACGCUGGCCGAGAGGGCGGCGUGGGAGUACGCGGCGCGGUGGCCCGGCUUCGAGUUGGCCACCAUCCUGCCGUCGACAUGCCUCGGCCCGCUCCUGCAGCCCACCCUGAACGCCAGCUCUGUCGUGCUGCAGCGCCUCUUGCAGGGCUCCACGGACGACCAGGCGGACUACUGGCUCGGCGCCGUCCACGUCCGCGACGUCGCCGCCGCCCACCUCCUGCUGCUCGAGGCUCCCACCGUCUCCGGGAGGUACCUCUGCACCAACGGCAUCUACCAGUUCAGCGACUUCGCACGGCUAGCUGCCAGGAUCUGCCCCGCGUACGCCCACGCCAUCCACCGCUUCGAGGAGGGGACUACACAACCGUGGCUCGUGCCGCGCGACGCCCGUGACGCAGCACGCCGGCUCCUCGACCUCGGCCUCGUCCUCACUCCCCUCGAGGAGGCCAUCAAGGACGCGGAGAAGAGUCUCACCGAUAAAUGCUUCCUUCCUUGAUACUCAUAAUAAUUACUGUACCUAUAGGAGUAGUAUAUUGUUUCCUUCAUUUUGUUUUAAGACUCAAUUUAUACUUAGUAAUUGAACCGUGCUAACGCUACGGUAAUAUUUAGUAAUGCAAAUUAAACUAUUAAAGUUUAACAUUCUUAAAAAAAAGAAUGACAGAGCCAAUUACUAUAAUAUUAAUUACAUAGCGAUGUGAGUAAAAUAACAUCGUGACUUUUCUAUCU